AUGGAAACUGCUGAGUUCUACUACGUUUAUUACUUAGCUCAGGACUACCUGCAGUAUGUGCUCCAGGAAUCACACCUCGGACCAGCCCAGACCAGGGUUGCUCAUGUCUUGAGGACCAUAGCAUCCUCCCUGCAAGACCAAACCGAGGAGGCUCUCAGGCCACUCCUGGACAGGAUUGACAUCACCUCUGUAGCUGUUGCCAAGAGAAUUUUCAAUGGAGUCAUGGAUGAAAAGUUUGCUGAUGGAAAUACUAACUGGGGAAGAAUUAUGACCAUAUUUACAUUUGGAGGUCUUCUCACCAAGAAGCUUCAAGAGCAUGGGGUUCAGCUGACUGCAGAGGAGAAGGAGCAGAUCUCUUAUUUCAUCACAGAGUACAUCAUAAACAACAAAGCUGAAUGGAUUGAUGCAAAUGGUGGCUGGGAAAAUGGCUUCCUAACAAAGUUUGAAAGAAGAUCACUACUGUCCUUCUCCAAAAUUACAGCCCUGUUCAUAGCUGUUGUUUCCUUGUUCAGAGAGUACUACUGAAGUAAAAGGAUCUGCCAUUCCUGUGUAAUCUAGAUAUUGCCACAAACUUCACUUCUCAGCCUUCCUCCAAGCAAUAUCAACAAGAGAAUGAUUUCCUUCCAUAAUUUGUUUUUAAUUUAUUUGUAUUUAUUUUGACUAAAUACAAUGUUUAACAUGCUAUCCUAAUUACCAAAUCUGAAGAUGAGAUCCUUCCAAAGGGGAAUCUGCACAACAUCUUGCAGCAAUUCAAGUCCACCUUUCCAGGCAGGAUUGCUUUGAGAUCAUUUUCCACAUCCAGACAGCUCUUGGAAUUUCUCUUGCAUCUCCAUGAAAGGACAUUGUUUUAGUGAAAUACAAUCCAAUGGGUUAAGAAACAAGUUUUUAUGUCAUUUGUUUUGUAAAUGAAAUACUACUGUAAUGCAUUUUAUUGCAAGCUCUGUAUAAGUAAAAGGGGGAGAGGGGGGAUUUUUGUGAAGAAAAAAGAAAUGGGAACUCCAAUAUAGAACUGGGUAGAAGUUACUGACACAGGCUAAGCAAUUUCUGUGGGAAGAACUGUUUGUGGAAGCUAGCAACUUAAAAAUGUGCACUCACUUACUGUUAUAGCAAUGGUAUGUGUUUCUGUGCUGUAUUUUUUUAAUAGCUCACAUCUACAAUGAAUGUUCUUUCAUAUUUGUGUGAUGUAGUCAUCUGGCUGAACGUUUUUUAAACUAGAAUUUAAAAAUAGGCAAGUAAAAAUAUUUCUUAAAUGAGAAAUUUGUGUAAAUACACUAAUAUUUUAAGAAAAUACAUUAAAAUAUGUAUU